GGGACCCAGCUGGACUUGAGGAGGCCAUGGCCGUGAUGUGGAGGGGCUGAGAAGCCAGGGCUGCACGAUGGGCCAGGGUUGAACAGUGGGCCUCAUGUUGCCCCUGCACCCACCCUCUGUGGGACCCUGUCCCCGUCCCCACACGUCAGAGGCAGGCAGAGAGUGGGCUGGUGGGGGAGGGGAGUUCCCAGGAGGGCGUCACUUCCAGGCCUGGCUCUGAGAAGAGGAGAACUGAAAGUGUCCCAGGACGGGCAGCGGGUCACAUCAGCAUUGCACCCGCUUUCCCUUUGUGGUAUCAUGGGAGUGGCCGAGUCCCUGCUAUCCCACCCUCCCCUGGGGCAGAGUCUCUUUUUUGUUUGUUUGUUUGUUUGUUUUUUGAUACUGGGGAUCGAACUCACGACUACCUGCUUGCAAGGCAGGCGCUUAUGCCGCUGAGCUAAAUCCCCAGCCCCGGGGCAGAGUCUCAAAGUGGACAAGUGGGCACUGGCACUGAUGUGGACCUAAAACUGUUAUCAAGAUGGAACAACACUGAGUGCGUUAGUUAAUAAAACCAGCACAAAAAUCCAUGCCAAUUAAAGUGCCAACAUUUCAGACAAAUGCAGGGUCAGUCUUACUGGGCCACGUGGCCCUGGGCACCCAGGGGCCACCAUGACCCAAAGCCUCAGGAUGAGGCCCAGAAUCCCUUUCUAGGCAUGAGUGCUCAGGCGCUCUGCCCAGCACUCCUGGGGUCCCCAGUUCUGAGUUCCCAAUGUGGGGGUAUUGAGAACCCCAUGGGGCAGAGAAACACUGGACACUACCCUGGUGUCCAGCUGCAGGUGACAGUGGAAGGGUGGGGAUAGAGCCCAGGCCAGCGGAACCCAGAGGGUUGAUUCUGAGGCUGGGAGCGGGGACAGAUGAAAACCCAAGCCCUGGAAAGCACCUGGCAUCUGUCCACCACUGAGCACCACUGCGCGGGGUGGGCUCCCGUGACCUGCCCAUCAUGGGGGCCUUAAGUGCCCCCCUGUGCCCUGGGUCUGCAGGGACCACUGGCAAGAGUCGGCUGGGUGUGGGGUCACAGCACAGGAAAGGUGGGAGCCAGGCCUAGAACUCAAGACUCAGACAGGGAUCCAGGUCAGGGGCUACAGAGCAGGUCAGAUCCGACACAAACUGUACCAUGGCUGGCCAGUCACACCUGUCCUCAAGGCUUCAGUUUCCACCUCCAUGGAGUGGGGAGAGGGUCUCUCCCAGCUCCUUGAAGUCUUUGAAGAGUGAUAGAUUGGAAGCCAGAGGAGCACAAACUGGGGUGAAGCCCUGCCUGCAGUGGUGGGCUUGGGGAGCCCCAUAGCCUGGGACAGCUCCGAGGUGAGCCUCCCCCAGACCUUCGGAGUUUGGGGGUGCUCUGACUGGUGCUUUCCCGGGGUAGCUUCUGAGGAGAUAGGCUUGGAUUGCAGAGUGGUGGGAGGAAAUGGUCUGGAUUUCCCUUGCAGGCUGGGGUUUGCCUGUGUGAGUGAGGUCCAGUGUGCUGUGCUGCCCCUGCCAGGAAGCUGUGUGGGGUGCCGGCUCCUGACCACAGGCGGGGCUCACAGGCAAGGCCCUGUCUGGGCUCUGCACAGGCACGGGAGGGGAAGCCUGCGAGGGCGGGGCUGCACGCCCUGGCCCUGCCUCCUCUGGAACUGUGUUCAGAGCAAACACCAGCUCUGGGAGAUGCUGGAGACUGCUAGGCUGGGGGUGCCCCACUUCCAUCCAAGAGCUGCCACCCCAGCCUACCCUUCCCAUUGGGCCUGCACACCCAAGGAGGGGCACAGCCUGGGGGUGACCGAGCCCACUGUGCCUUCAGGCCUCACAAGCAGCACAGCUCAAUGGUUACAGGACUCAGCCUGGAGGCCUCUGGUAACAGCAGCCUGGGGACCAUGAACGUUACUUGCAAGACCUUCAUGGAGCCAUACGCACUCAAGAUCUUCAUCAAAAUCUACUCAGUGAUGCUGCUGGUGCUGGGCCUGCUGCUCAAUGGCCUGGCACUCUGGGUGUUCUGCCGCCGCAUGUCACAGUGGACGGAGACCCGCGUGUACAUGACCAACCUGGCCGUGUCGGACUUCCUGCUGCUCUGCUCCCUGCCCUUCAUGCUGUCCUUCGUGAAGGAUACCCAGGACACACUGCGGUGCCAGCUCUCGCAGACCGUUUACAUGGUCAACAGGUACAUGAGUAUCAGCCUGAUCAUGGCCAUCUCGGUGGACCGCUACGUGGCUGUGCGUCACCCGCUACACGCCCUCAGACUCCGCUCCCCGAGGCGGGCCGUGGCCAUCUGUCUGGUGCUCUGGGUCCUGGUGGUCGGCUCCAUACUGCUCCGCCUGUACCUGGGGCAGCAGGAGGGUGGCUUCUGUUUCCGGAGCUACUCGAGGCACAACUUUAGCUCCACCACCUUCUCACUGCUCGGCUUCUACCUGCCUCUGGCCGUGCUGGUUUUCUGCUCCCUGCAGGUGGUGACAGCACUAGCCCAGAGGCCAACCGCUGAGACAGGGCAGGCCCGGGCCACCCGCAAGGCCACCCGCAUGAUCUGGGCCAACCUGAUUGUGUUCAUCGUCUGCUUCUUGCCACUGCAUGUGGUGCUGACCAUGCAGGUUGCCAUGCGCCCAAGCUCCUGUGAGGCCCGCAAGGCGUUCAGCUUCGCCCUGUCCAUCACCAGCCAGCUGUCCAAUGCUAACUGCUGCCUGGAUGCCAUCUGCUACUACUACAUGGCCAAAGAGUUCAAGGAUGCGUCCACUCGGCCCUCGACCCACAGGAGCCAGGACUCCCAGAGCCUGACCUCUCCUAAGAUUGCACUACCUGACAGCCUGGACAUGUGACCAGGAGGAAGGGUUAAGAUCAGCCCAGUGCCACUGGCUCUGGCCAGGCCUCUCUCCAAAGGCCCAGGUGGGAGGAGGCAGCUGGAGUAUGGAGUCUGAGGACGAGGGCCCCUGUUUUCAGCCACUCCCAUCACUGAGUCUCCACCCAAGCUCCCGAACUCUGCCUACUCCAGAGCAGCGCGGGGGUGCUGGAUGCACAGGCUUGGAGCUGAAUGGCUAUGUGUGUGAGGGUCUGGCUGUGGCUCCUCUGAAGAGGCUCCUCCCAGAACCAGUCUGACCCCUGCCCCAGCCAUAGACAAAUCACCUUCCUCAAAGCCAUCCCAGGUACCAAGGUGGGGGUCCCUGACCUGACCACCCUUCACCUCAUCUCUUUCCCCUUGCCCAGCAGCAGUGCCCCCGGAAGGCUGGGGGUUGUACACCAGCUCCCAGCCCAGCAUGUCCUCUCUGAUGGGUAUUCCCACCACACCCCUAAGGGUGCUACCCAGGCUUGGCACCUCCAUCCAGUACCCUCUGCAGCAGCCCCGCCCUCUUCACCCUAACCCCCAGUGCUGAGCUGACCUGACCUCCCAUCCAUAGGUGUGUGUGUAUCCAGGAGGCUCCUGUGUGAGAGCGCAGCGCCAGCAGCAGGUGUCCAGGGCUCAGCUUCCUGAAAACAGCCCACUCUGUUCCCACCCUGUGCUCCCGAUGUGCUCCUUGCCUGCCAGCCCAGUCCUAGUCUUUAGGGCAACCCAGCUCUCUCAGAGCUCACUCUGUGGCUUGUGCCAGGGCAUAGCUGCAUAGGUAGUGUCCAUGUCCCUGAUGUCCACCAUCAUGACUGUCAUUUUCUUUUUUAAUUUUUAUUUAAUUUUUUUUUGAGACAAGGUCUCACUCUGCAGUUCAGGCUGGCCUUGAGCUCACUACAUAGCCCAGGCUGCCUUGAACUCAUGGUGAUCCUUCUGCUUCAGCCUCCCAAGUGCUAGGAUUACAGGUGUGUGCUGCUACACCUGGCUGGAAUCUUCAUCUCCAAGUGACAGGGAGUCCAUAGGACCAGGGGAGUCCACAGAAGUUUCCCACCAGGGACGUGAUUCCCUUCAGGCAGACCAGCUAGGCUGGGGCUGCAUGCAGAUCCGCAGUUUUGCCCUUGGCCAGAUUUGGCGGUCAUGGGGGGGGACAAGGCUGGCAUCAAGGGGAAGGGAGGGCAUGGGUUCCUGGUCACAGACCCUUCCCAGAACCCUUAGACAGCAGCCUGAGGAGAGAGCAGGGGCUGUUGGGACUCCCUGCUUGAGUGGCCUGAGAAACGCUUCUCCUGGCCCAUUCUCCAGGGGCGUGGCACUGGCCUCUCUUGUUUCUGUGACAAUCCAAAUACAAUUUAUCAUCA